GGGACAAUUCAUAAGGCGAACAUAACAAUACUUAUCAUUAUGCUCCGUCGCCUUUUGCGCUAUUCUGACCCUAUACACUUUAACACUCAUCUCAAUCUACCACGCAUCGGGUCUUUCAACAUAAAGUCACAUUCCCGCUUCAUACUAUCUUGUCUUCAUCCGGCACUUGUCCCACCGGUGGUUUUUGUAGGAUUAGCCACAACCCUCUGGGUGUAUAAGGUAUCUUAUCUUUCCUUUUUGUAUCAAUCUCCCAAUCGCUCAUUCCUCAAAUAGUGCACCAUGAUGGUUAUAUUCCAGAAUAAAAUAAUUUACAUGCCCGGUAUUCAUCCUUCGUUCGUGAACUAAAUUACCUUUACUUCUCGCGACUCGUCUACAUUCGGAAAAUCUAUAUCGUGAAUUAUGGCAUUGGAAAAGGAGAUCUUAAGGUUUGAGCUUAAGCUAAAUGCCAGCAGGUGUCCCGCUUGGGGCUAAAAGAGAGAGAAUUGAAGAUUACCAGAAGUUAUGCAUGGGGAUUACCUGGCGCGGAAAGUUUCGGGGUAUUAAGACUGAGGAUGGAAGGCUUUUAAGUUACGCAGAAGCAACUGUUUUCCCUCGUGAACUAGUUGCUUUUUCUGGAAGCGAACGGAAUGUGGUUAUUGUUUAUUUUCAAGGGAAAGUUAUUUAAAUAUGAAUUUAUGUAAUGGUCAGGAUUAACAAAGAUUACAGAAAUACAUCAUCAACGCCUCCUCGUCUGCCGCUUAUGUCUUCGAUCUUAUCCUCACUCAAAACUCAAAGCUCUUCUAUAACCUAUACGGUAAUCGUCCCAUCGUAUCGAGGAUACUGGACCUCUACUGGCCGCCCCUCGCAGUCCGGGAUUGAAAAGGAUAUGAAGGCUAUUUUCCACCACCUUGAGAGUUAUAACAUCCCCGGUACAGAGUUUAUCCUUUGGGGCCAGAGUAUUGGUUGUGGUAUAGCUCUUAAGGGAUGGGCAGAUUACCUUCAAGCGCCAGAGCGUCAAAUGCCUAUACGCAUCAAGGGUUUGAUUAUGGAAACACCAUUCGUCAGUGUUGAUAGUAUGCUUGUAGCGGUAUAUCCACAACGUUGGUUACCGUAUAGAUAUCUAUCACCAUUUUUGAGAAAUCAUUGGGAUGUGCGUGGAGCAGUUAAGGAAAUUGCAGAAAGGAAUGCUGGGGUGGAUAUAGUGACGUUGCGGGCUGAGAAGGAUGAACUUGUCACGAAAGAAGAGGCAGUAGAGGUUGAAGGUAUUCUUGAACAGAUUUCGCGAGGGGAUCGACAUAUCCGGAGGGUUGUGAUCACUGGAGCUCUCCACGUUGAAUGUGUGGCUAAAGUGCAGGGUCGGACCGAGGUUAUAAACUUUCUUAAGGAUAUAGGAUAAGCUGGAAAAUGCGUUGGAUUUUUCAUGCGCUGUGAUGCGGGAGACGACUAGAUAAUACUAGAAUGAUCUAACUGUUGGGGCUCUGGCAACCCGCGGGAGUUUAUUAUCCCACAGUUUUUGAC